CGAGAUGUCGGAAAAGCAGACAGCAAAGGGCAGGAAGUGUUUGGUGCUGGGAGGAGGGGGCUUCCUGGGACGUCAUAUGGUGGAACGGCUGCUGGACAGAGGCUAUGAUGUCUCCGUGUUUGACAUGAGACAGACAUUUGAUGAUGAACAGGUCCAGUUUUACUGUGGUGACCUUUGUAAGAAAGAGGACCUGCUGCCUGCCUUCAAGGACCAGGAUGUUGUGUUUCACUGUGCUUCACCAGCUCCUUCCAGUAACAACAAACAACUGUUUUAUAAGGUUAACUACACAGGUACCAAGACGGUGAUAGAGGCGUGUAAGGAGGCAGGUGUUAAGAGACUAGUGUUAACGAGCAGUGCCAGUGUGGUGUACCAGGGAACUGACUUGAAGAAUGGAACAGAAGAGUUGCCGUAUGCUGGGAAACCCAUUGAUUACUACACAGAAACAAAGAUUUUACAGGAGAAGGAAGUGUUAGCCGCAACCUGUGAGGACCUGUUUACAGUAGCAAUCCGACCCCAUGGGAUAUUUGGACCCCGGGACCCUCAGCUUUUACCUACAGCAGUGAAUCUCUCCCAGCAAGGGAAGUUCAAGGUCAUCAUAGGUGAUGGUAAAAACCUUGUGGACUUCACCCAUGUGUACAACGUAGUAGAGGGACACAUCCUGGCAGCAGAACACCUAUACAACAGCUCUGUGGUAUGUGGACAGGCUUACAACAUUACCAAUGAUGAGCCUGUAUAUUUCUGGACUUUCCUGACACGACUGUUGGUUGAUUUGGGAUAUCGGCCUCCUAAAUACCACAUCCCUUUCUUCCUUUUGUUUUACGUGGCCUUGAUCUUACAGUUUGUGUGCAAUCUUCUAAGACCCAUCAAGGACAUAAAUCUGUCCUUCUCUCCCAUGAAGGUCGCCCUGGCGGGAACUUUCCACUACUACAGUUGUGAGAAGGCAAAGAGAGACUUUCAGUACAAACCUGUGGUUAGCUUAGAGGAAGGCAUAAGAAUGACUGUCAAAAGUUUUGAACAUCUACGAAAUCCAAAUACAUCGUAGACUGUAUAAAAAUUUUUCCAUAUUAUUUUACAUGUAAAUUUAUGACGGCUACACAAUAUCAUAUUUUUUUUAUGAAUUAUGUAUUUAUGACUUAUUUAUAUGAUGGUUUCCAGGAAAUGUACAUGUAAUAAUAUGCUAUUUUCAUGUAACGUGUUAUUUUUUUUUUAUUAAACUCCUUAAUUUGCAUGAUCAAUCUCCUGAUUGUGCCAAAGUCAUUCAUCAUGCAAGAAUGUUGUAAAUUGAAACUGAAUGGGGAAUCAACAAGAAAAAAAUUACAAAAAAAAAUUCAGAUAUGCUCUACGUCUGUAUCUGAACAAGUCUCUUUCUAAUCACGUGAACAACAUGUAAAGGCCUUGCCUUAGUUCAUGUUUGUUGUUUGAAUGAAAUUUCAAUGUAGGCAUAUGUCAGGAUAUUUAUUUAUUCAUUUGAUCAUGACGUGUUUUACACUACUCAUUUGGAGCUCAAAUUAAGCUUUGGUAUUGUAAGAAAUUCAGACAAGUGACCUUGAACCAUGUAUCGGGUUUCAACUACUCUAAGUACACAGCUACUUAGGUAUGUAUUCAAUCAUAUUUAAAAGCAACUUUCCAUUGUAUCAAAUUAUCUGCUAUUUGCUUCUUCCCUAAAUUGCCACUAUGAAUUUCAUAGAAUGGAAACAUAUUUGAACAUUCCUUCUACAGGAGUAAGUCAUUUGUGUGAACCAGUGUGUUAAUUAGCGUAUCUGAGUUAAUGACUAAUGCUGUACUGACAGUCAUUCAUUUUACACCUGUUCUCUAUCUGUGAUUUACAUCUGUUCUCUAUCUGGAUUUACAUCUGUUCUCUAUCUGGAUUUCACAAAGUGAACCCUCUGUACAUUUGUAAUGAAGUGUCACAGAUGAAAAUUCUCUUUGUAUUUGUAAAGAGGGCCUUGGCAUAUUUGCAGGUUGAGCCAAGCCAUUGUAGGCUAGAUUUUCAAUAUUCAUGUGAAAUAAAAGUGUAUUUUUAACUUUUGUAUUUUCUUCUAUUGACUGUUCUAAUGUUUAGGAACUGGAAGUUAUUAAAAUCUUUACCAUCCAUCUUGUUCUACACAUGUCGGCACACAAAAUUUUUGAGCUUCCGGAAGUAUCAGACAUUAAACAUCUUGUGAAUUUCCGCCAGCCAUCUGUUAACGGCAUACGACUAUUCAGAUUCCUAAGCAAUCUGUCUGAUAGGACACAAAUUGUCCAGUAGCAGUGGGGCCAUUAAUGGGGACAAAAUUGUUGAGAUCACCUUGUCUCCAGCACACAAUUUAUCAGGAUUGACUACUGUAUGUUUGACAGUACAUCAGUAAAAC